UAUACAUGUGGUGCACACAAAUCUAAGUUGGCAGUGUUUUUGUCGUUUAAUUCUCCAAUAAUUUCAUAAUUAUAGUGAAAUAUUGAGCCAUUCAUUCGUGAUCAUGGUCGAGCCUAUCCAGUGGGCCACCGUUGUGGUUAUCCACCCAGGAUCUUACUGGUUGCGGAUCGGCCGAGCUGCAGAUGCUACCCCUGUCACAAUCCCUCAUCUUAUCGCUCGACGGAAGAAGGAUCCAUCUCAACCACUUUAUGAAGAUUCCAUUCUCAUAAGAGAUGGGAUAUUUCAUCCUAACAGUGAAACCCAGCAGGAGCAGACUCUGAAGAUGGUGGAGCAAGCCAUCUGGUCUCGUAAGACAUCCCAAGGUCAACGCAGACAAAGUGUACCUUCCUCAGAGGUUCUGACAUACAACCGCUCUGUCAAUUCGCAGCCUUUAGAUGAAAACUCUGGUAUGAGAUGGACUGACACAACAAGUCUACCUGAAUACAUCGUCGGAGACGAGGCCCUGUAUCUUGAACCAGCUGAUGGCUACAACAUCCACUGGCCAAUCAGGAGAGGGCGCUUCAACCUCCACGAAGGAGCCGGAGGCUCGCUGACCGCCGUGCUGCAAGAUCUGGAGACCAUUUGGGGAGCUGUGUUACAACAGAAACUAGACAUCCCUAUUAAAGAUCUCAAACAUUACCGCGCCAUUCUUGUCAUUCCUGAUAUCUACCAUCGGCCACACGUGAAAGAACUCAUGAAUCUGCUGUUGCUUAGGCUCGGAUUUGGUGCUGCCAUUGUCCACCAGGAAUCUGUGUUGGCGACGUACGGUAGUGGACUAAGUAGUGCUUGUGUUGUGGAUGUCGGCGAUCAGAAAACAAGUGUGUGCUGUGUGGAAGAUGGUCUGUCCCAUAGAAAUACAAGAUUGUGUAUGACCUACGGUGGCAGUGAUGUCACUCGUUGCUUCACCUGGUUGCUAGAGAGAGCUUUCUUCCCGUACCAAGAGUGCCAACCGGAUAAAACCAUGGACGCCCUACUCCUCCUAGAACUUAAAGAAACAUUCUGCCAUCUUGACCAGGACCUUGAUGGGUCGCAACUGCUAGACUUCCACGUGCGCUACCCGUACCAGCCAACCCUGAUGUAUCAGUUGAAGCUGGGUGAUGAGACAUUCCACGCCCCCAUGGGGUUGUUCUAUCCCUUAAUCUUCGGGGUGAUCGGUGAGAAGAUGACGUACACCCAGCAAAGAAACCAGGGAGAUUCGGAAGAUAUCCACGACGAGUUGUACCUGCUACAGACUCAGAAGGAACAACAACAGUCUAACAAAUCAAAAACAACCAAUGCCCCCAACUCGGAGUCCAGCACUCAGAAUGCAGACAGCGUCAUGACGUCAUCAACCAACCAAUUAUCAUCCUCACCAAACAGCCAAUCACAGAAUGAUCUAAUACAGGCAGAGGAAGCCCCGCCCCCAACCAUCUCCAGGCGGAUAUCAACGUCGCAAUCCAUGGAUAAACCCUUAGGUGUUGACCAGGCUAUACUGCAUAGUAUUGACUGUUGCUCAUCUGAUGAGACCAAGAAGAAGAUGUACAGUUGUAUUCUGGUUGUCGGAGGAGGACUUAGUCUCUUCCAAGGAGCCUCUGACAUGCUUCAGCACAGAGUACAAUCCAAGAUGCCUCCAUCCUUCAGAAAGGUCGUCGAGAAAGUUGAAGUCAUCUGCAAAUCUAAGGAUCUAGACCCUCGGAUGACAUGUUGGAAAGGAGGGACUGUCCUUGCGUGUCUGGACACCGCUCAAGAGUUAUGGAUCAAACAGAAAGAGUGGCGGAAGCAUGGACUGAAGGUGCUACGAGAAAGAUCUCCAUUUGUGUGGUAGAGAAUACCUGACGACUCGGACACUUGUGGGUGAAUUUUUGCACAAACCAGACAGAAAGUCAAACUCUCGUGAAGAAUAAAGACCCUUAUAGCCCACUUGCAUUUACGCGAAACGCUACACAGACACCGAGCUCACGUGCACGUUUUUACCCUCCAAGAACAGCUAUCUGGCAACCAUUUGCCUAGUGAGGGCGCUCAAUGCUUUUUGAGUGUGUGACGUCACUUCUAGUUUGAAUGUCAGCUUUUGGUGAUGUUGCAGACUGGCAACACCAGGUUCUAUAGUGUAUUACUCUCCAUCGGCGACAUUGAGCAUAAUGAGGUGCCAGGUCAAUAGUCACAGUGGGUAAAUUGGUCUCAAAUGCAGGCAAUCACAGAUACAUGCCAAGUCAGCAAGACAGAGAACAGUGAUAAAAACACAUUGGAAACUUGGACAGUAGUUACCAUACUAUCAUGGUGCUUUUACAGUCCAUGUCCUGAUUGCACAUUUGAACUGGGGACCUAUAUCAAAAGAGGACAAUAGAUCCGACGGUUCAGGAAAGUCCACAGUUGAAAAAUGUUGCAAGUAUUUAUAAGCAAAAGAGGGACAAUAGGAGGUCCACGGUAAGAGUUGACAGAGCAUUUAAACCCAUUCAAAUACAUAGGUUGUGUAGUGUGUACCAACUGAGUACAGAACAUAUAGUUGUGUUACAUAGGACUACAUGUAGCAUUCGUGCUGUCCCACAAUGGGCACUACAGUUCACUUGAGUACCUGAAUUAUGAGAUGAUGAUUUUAUACAAAGCAGUUUUUUUCCAAUAAAACUUAUGAAAAAAUGUAUAUA